UGUAGAAAUUAAAAUAAUUUAAUAGAAAGUUUUUAUUAAAUUAUUUUAAUUAAUUUUAAUCUAUUAGUACGCGUAUUAAGUGCUUGGUGUAAAAUAGGUCACUGGAGGUGAACCGUACCUUGCUGCCGGUUUAUUUCACAGCCAAUCGAGUACUUGAUCGUGAGCUUUCUCAGAUUCGUGCUUUCUUCAGAGAGUUGAGAAACGUUCCAUCGGGAACGAAUAACUGUUACAAAGAUAAAGAAGAGGAAAGCGGACGGGGUGAUUUUUGUUCAUGCCGACGACAGGUCGAUGUUUCACCUUUUAUUUCCUGUUGAUGUUCGUCGGCGGGUGUCUGGCUAAAAACGCGCACAUUGUCGCUAGAUGGGCGGACAAGUUGGGCACCGAGCUAUGGGAACUCGCGAACGAAGUGGGCCGACCUGAGGAAUUGCUAGAAAAAUACAAGAGCAUGAAUGCACGAGUUGAAAACAAGUCCGGAGAGGAUUUGGUCAACAUAAUCAGCGAGAAUAUAGGUAGAAUGUUGCGUCGGAAGAUGGAUGCAGUUACCUGUAUUCGAAUAGUGGCCGAGGAGGCUGCGGAGAAUUGGGAAUCAUCUCUUGUGGACGGCAAAUGCAACAUCACCUACGUUUCCAGCAAAUGCAGCAAUAUCACCGGACGUGAUUCAGCAAACAGGAAGAAAUUGGAAAAAUAUUGCGACGAGGACAAUCCGGUACGACCACAGGACGUGUAUAG